AUGGCUGCUUUGACCGGCAUGCCGCAGUCUACUAACAUACAGCUAUCAGAAGAUCAAGAAAGGACAUCUCUUGAAAAGCUAUUGCUGUUACGCGACACUGUUCGUUCUGGAAAACAUCCAAACGUUAGACCUAAGCAUACAAUAGCUGCUGGCGUCGAUAGUUCUGGUUCAAAUAACCUUAAGAGCAGUCAGCCCGUUGCAUUGAACGGGAAACAGAACGGAGCUGCUCCCUCCGUUCUUUCAGCUCCGAGCAAUACGAUCGAUACUUCGGCUCGACCAAUCCCCGUGUUCACCGGCUCCUCAAAAGGCGAAUUAAACGGCGGACGAACCGUGAUCACAGUAUCUGGGAGGGAUGCUGCCCCUCAUCAAAAUAAUGGUAGAGACCAGAGAGACACCGGACGCCAACAGGGGCAGAGACCACCGCAGCAGCAGCAGCAGCAGCAGCAACAACAGCAGCAGCAACAGCAGCAGCAACAGCAGCAGCAACAGCAGCAACAACAGCAGCAGCAACAGCAGCAGCAACAGCAGCAGCAGCAACAGCUACCGCUGAGCCAACCUCAAUGGGAUCCCAGCCAACAGUGGAUGAUGCCUCCUGGACAGAACCAAAUGCAGGGCAGCCCAGAGGACAUGAACGCCUUUGCGCACCAUCUCAUGUUGGCUGUUCCGCAAUCCCAGAACCCGUUUGAAUUGCCACCAGGAUUCCCGUUGCUACCUGUUCCGCAUUUGCUGCCAGCUCAAGCUUUACCAGGGCAGCCGUUGCCCCAAUCAAUUCCUUUAACUAAUCAAACCCAGCUACAGCCUGAGCCUAUGGUCGUAGACAAAUCACCAGUAGUAGACACUCGAAAUUCUGAGAAGAAAGAACGUGAGGCUAUUGGCAACAGUAAACAUCAACAGGUUCAACAGAACGGAAACAACCAGGCAUCUCAAGCAAAGACCGUAUCUUCCGCUGCUACUGACCUACAAGCGAGUUUGAAAAAGGCACAGGAAUACGCAGCUACGCUCCCACCAAAACCCGCGCCUGGAACAAAGCCAAGCACGACCAAACAGCCACAACAAGACAAGAAUCGUAACAAUAGCGGCCCAGCUUCAUCUCCAAUGGCGCCAACGUUCCCUGCCAACGCCGAUAGACGUGAUGAUGAGAAGCUAGGCUUUCAAGGACGGCCCCAGCGAGAAAAUCGACAGUACGGCGAUAACAAGCGUGGAACGGAGCCUUUACGCAAGACUGCAAUGAACAACAACCAUAACUCAACUAAAGAAGAACGGCGAGAACGCGAGAGAGAUCGCCAGCUUGAACGGGAGCGGGAGAGAGAACGAGAACGAGGUGGCGAUCGGUGGCAGAAACGGAGGUCGAGUUCACCACUAUAUGAUGAGGCACCCACAAACAAGGGGCCGGCCUUCGCUACGCCACCAGCUACUCGUCCCGGUGAGGCUACGGGAUCCAACCGUCCAUACGAUUACAAACCGGCAGAUCUCGACGAAGGGGACGAAGCUGUCACGGAUCCGAAAAAACGAGCUAACCCUAAGGACGCUCCAAAGCAACAGCAAACCAUGGAUAAGAAAUCACCUCCACAACCUGUUAAGCGGGAGGCUCCACCUCUUUCACCGGUUGUUACAAUUCCUCGAGGAUCACCUACCCUUGAACCUUUAUCCCCUGGGAAGGCUGCACGUUAUGGGAUCCCGCCACAGGACCGAUAUGCUAAGCAGCAACCAGGCUAUUUCCGCUACCGUGACCCUUACCCUCCUCCGCCUCAUAUGAUGGGGUACACUCGUGGCCCGUACGAAGCAGAAUAUGGGUAUCCUCCACCACGCGAUCCUCGUCCGGUGUCUCCUCGAAGGGUAUAUUUGCCGGAGGGACGUGGGUACGCUCAGGAAUAUGUCUACCAGGAUGCAUACCAUGACCCAUACUACCCGUACCCUGCUCGUCGUUCUGGAUCAUCGCCCCCACCACCCCCACGAGUGCCGAGACCACAAUAUAGGUACGAGGAUGAAGAGCUACAGAGGGCCCCUAGAGGCCGCUCGCCUUCGCCUAGAGCUUCUAGCAGAAUGCCUACUGCCCGUCCUAGACGCUCUAGCAGAUCGCUCUCACCAUCCAGAGAGCGUCCCACCCCAAGAGCGAGUGCCCCGCCUACAGAAGCGGUUGAGGAAUCACGAGCCGACAGGGCUCUCAUUCGGGCCUCGGACGGGCCUCAUUAUGCUGACUAUGCACCAUAUCCUCGUCCCAUGGCCCCAUACGAUGCCUACAGUGACCCUUACAACAGGCCGGUGAUCAUCCGAGAGCGCGUUCCUGUCUACGUAACCAGGGUCGUCUAUGUCGAUUCGAAUGAUCCUGAAGGGCGGCCCUAUAGACCCAGAUCUCCUGGGUAUUCCGCUUCACAUGCGCCCCCGCCACCAGUACACCCACAUGGGCCACCGGCACCCUCUCAUCCUCCCCCACCAAUGCGCAGGUAUGUUGAUGACCCUGACGUCAUGAUGAGUGACCGAGUAUACAGAGAACGAGACUAUGACUAUGCCCCCUAUGAUCGCGGGUAUGGUAGGGAGUACGCUAGAGAGUACGCCCCCCCUCCAAUGGCACCACCGGCGCACCACCAUCACCACCCACCAGCCCCCCCUCCUCCACAGCCAAUGAGGGAUGGGUAUGCUAGGGAAUAUGCCAUGGCCCCGCCUACCGCUAGGGAAGAAGAAAGGGAACGAGUUUAUCGAGAAAGAGAGUAUGGCGCGGGAAAUCCGCCAAUGGGUGCAUCGCGGGAUGUCGAGGACGGGCGAUUGCCAUACGGAAGGGAUAGAGGUAUGGCACCCCCAGCGCCAGGUGGGGUUAGGUAUGCCUAA